GUAGCACAAAGGGAACACCCAGUACGUGUUGUACUUUUGUGUUCUGCGUUCCACAUAUUCUCUGCGAUCAGUUUCAAGAAGAAGAAUAUUUAUAUGCAAGUAUUAGACUUAUUUGUUAAGUUUGUUUAUUAUUUAAUACGAUAUUUAUUCUUUCUUUCACUUGUUGACUGGUAUUGAUUAGUUAAGUAUUUACAGAAAAUGACAAUGUCCAUGUUUACCUGCAAACCAACUCACCCUUUUCUCCAAAUUCAAGCCGGCAACUCUCGACUCAGUUCUAGGCUACGGCCAUCUAAAGACAAGGUGGUGGUGGUUAUGGGAGCAACGGGUACUGGCAAGUCGAAACUCUCAGUCGAUCUCGCUACUCAGUUUAAUGGGGAGGUGGUUAAUGCGGAUAAAAUGCAAGUUUAUGAAGGUCUGGACGUGAUUACAAACAAAAUUACGGCUGAAGAGAGUUGUGGUGUGCCACACCACCUCUUGGGGAUAAAGCAUCCUUCUGCAGACUUUACAUGCACAGAUUUUUCUAACAUGGCCUCCUCCACGGUGGCUUCUAUUAUAGAUCAAAAGAAACUUCCUAUCAUUGCUGGAGGCUCAAAUUCUUACAUUGAAUUUCUCAUUGACAAUGAAGCAGCAGGAUUCCGAUCAAAGUAUGAUUGUUGUUACCUUUGGGUGGAUGUUUCGAUGACAGUGCUCCAUCAAAUUAUAUCAGACCGUGCUGAUCGGAUGGUUGAGAAGGGGAUGGUGGAUGAGGCAAGGCAAAUGUUCAGCCCGAAUGCUGAUUAUUCAACUGGCAUAAGGAGGGCCAUUGGUGUGCCCGAGUUUGAUUACUACUUCAGACUCGAGCCACAUGUGAAUGAAGAAACUCGAGCAAAGCUGCUGCAAGAAGCUAUAUAUGAAGUGAAGAUCAACAGUUGCAAAUUGGCUUGUCGCCAGCAAGAUAAAAUUUUACGGCUGAUGCAUGACAAGGGAUGGGAUAUUCAAAGGCUAGAUGCAACUGAUGCUUUCUUAAAGUAUGGCAAGGAGUCCAAUAAGGCAUGGAAGGAGCUGGUGCUAAAACCUAGCAAGGCAAUCGUUAGUCAAUUUCUUAAGAGUUCUGACCCUAAGUUGCAUAAUAAUGGAACAACAUUGAAAGCCAUGGUCACUUCAACUCGAUAAUAGAAGCGCUGUGUGUUCAAAAUGCAGCAAUGGCAGAAUUUUGGCUCUCUGGACAACUUACUCUGCAGUUAUCAUGCUAUAAUGUUUAUUUAUAGUCUAAUACAUUUCUGAGGAACUCAUGGGUAUGUGAACCUCUUGAGGAUUCCUCAAAGAUACCUGUCCUACUACAUGCAUAUAUAGAAGAGUCAUGCACAAGCUAAACCCUAGUAUGUUAGCUUGCUGUCACUUCAGUAUGGCUGGACAAUGAAUUUCAUAGAUGGUACAGCUAUGGAACACUCUCGAGGGAAAUAAUGUACUAAGACAGUGACCACUGUUCAGAAAGUCGGAGAUGAGCAUAGAAUAAAACUUCUUCUUGAGUCACUAUCUUGUCUCUUCCUAGACUAGUUAUGGUCUUUGUCCACGUAUAAUACUAUUCAUAGCAUGUUUGUCGUAUAUAACUACAAUUUUAAUGCCUAAAA